GCUAUUUGAAUUGCAUUUGUUGUGUUCCUAGAAUUUUGGUUUUCUCUUCCUCCUCUUCCAUUUCUUUCUAUAUUCCCAGUGCCUUCUUUUUUUUUUGCUUUAAAAACUUUACCUUUAUUUUGAUACCAUUUCUUCAUAUAUCCCCGCUUUUUUACUGUUAUGUAUCAAUCGAAUUUCCAUAAUGGAAGUAGUAAUGCAAUCAACAGGAAUAUCAACAUCAAUAACUUCAUGAGCUACACUAAUGAUAACACUUAUAACGAAGAUACAGAUAUUUAUUAUAAUCAUUUGGAUGCAAGCAACAACAGUACAGAAGAUCUCUACAGUGAUAACAACAAAAUAUCCCUCACGGAUGUGACAGUCGAUGAAUUACUCCACUUGUAUAAGCAUGAUUCUGACUUAUUGAAGCAUUUACUUAUUGCUAAAGCAGAAGAGGAUAAAGUAAAUUUCCUGUCGUUUGUUCAAUGACUGUAUGUAGUACAAGUAAUUACUAAAACUUAUUAACCACUCUAUUUACAUGUAGAAAAGAGCAGCAGAGGAGUUGAGAAAAGCAGAAGAAGCU